CAUGUUUGAUGAAACCGUGUUUGUUAUUGCAUCAGCCAAAACAGCACAGCACAUGACACAAGUGUUAGCCAGCUGUAGGACAGUCUUAUACUAACAGCAAACCGAAUCGUGUAAUAUCUUGAGUUCAUUGAGCGAAAUUGAAAAUUAAAUUUGAAUUUGUGAAUCAAAGUUGUAAUAUUUUUUUGGGCAAAUUACAUAUAUCUCAAUCUCAAUAAUUAGAGAAGUAAAUUGAUAACAUUGUAUAUCAUUUAUCCAGAUUAUUUCAAAAUUCUGAUAAGAUUUAAAUCAACGAAUAUUGUAACGGUUGUGUGCAGUUAAAUCGUUUAGUGAAAACACACGAAUAUAAAAAAUAAUAAUUUUCGAAUUGCAUUCGAUUCAGAUAAUCAUUAUAAAUGGCGAAUUGGGAAUAUCCGUUCACUGAACACUGUUAAUUCUAUUUUAAGAGAAUCUCAUCUUAAAUUUCAUUGAAGUCUUGUAUUGAAAAAAGGGUAAAAACUGAGAGCGCCCUAUUACGAAAUUGUGUAAUUGUAACAUUGACGUGUAUUAAAAGCGUCGAAAAAAAAAACUUAUCAAAACAGUAAAUAAGAAAAAUUGUGAGUUGAGCAAAUAGUCUAGUGCUUCUUGAAUCAAAUAAGAAAACUAAAGUGAUUGUCGAUUUGAGUGACAUCACAAACGCAUACAAUUGACGAUUUAAUCAUAAACAAUAAACAGACUUGUGGGAUCAAGUGAAAUUUCAUCGAAAAACACUAUGCAACAUUGUGCAGAACCUAUCAUUUCCUAUCCAUCAUCAAUUCAGUCGGUUAUUUGUGCGUGUGUUCAAGUUAUUUUGUGGACUGUAUCAAUUUAUUGUGCGAUUAUUUGUGAUCGAAUCGGUGACUUGAUGUACUCAUUUAAAUUGCGAUUGCUAAAGAAAAAGCAUCAGAUGUACGGACAUUUGCAUGGUGUUAAUUUGAAAAGUGGUGUUUUUAUGCGCAAACAUUUGAAUAAUAAAAAGAACUUUCGUUGGCAUUCGAAUCAUUUUGUUUGUGGUAAUACGAGAACAACAACUACUGUACUGAGAAAUAUGUGGAACACCAUGUCAGUCAUGAUGAGUGGUAAGUUUGAUGGCAUUCAUCGAAUGACCAAAAUACUAGGCGAACAUGUAACUUAACACGUACAUUGGAUAGAAAGUUUUAUUUUUUGUUUGUUGGCUUUUGCUACUUGCUUCGGUGAGACGACGCGAAACAAAGAAAAACCAAAAAUAGAGUUAAAUCCAAAUUGAAAUGAAAUUUUCGGAUGGAACAGUGGUCUCGCUAUUGAAAGCGACCAGUGAACAAGACAACAAAUGAAACGGUUAUAUAUCACACACAAUCGAUGUUCGGUGUGAAGCGGGGAGAACAAAACAAUUUCUCGGAAAACGGAUGAUUCAUCGCCAAUAAAAUCGGUACAAAUACAACAAUAAACACCGCACAUCUGACCGAGACGUACAAUAAACAAACGCUGAACACAUGGAAAAUGUGCGUUCUCAAAUAGACAACACAAUAUACCAUACACAUGCAUGACUAUGUUGAUACACGUAAUCGCAAACUCGACUCGUGAUUGGCUCAAAAUGACGUGAUGACGCUCGCGAUUCGUUUCAACUGAAUUGGAAUGUGUUUUUGUGUACUUGUUGAACCAUCUGUGUGCGCAUGUAUUUUUAUGUGCUGUGCUGAGCCAAAGCGGUGAAUGUGCUAGGUCGUGUGCCGAAAAGUUACAACACAAAAUCAUUCGUUUGAGUUAUAAAUUCAUUGUUGAAUUGAACAGUUGUGCUCGUAAAAGCAAGCUGCAAACUAAAUAAAAUUUCAAUAAUAUCAAAGUGUUCACACCGAGAAAGUGAAAAUCACUUGCAGACGAAAAUAAGAAACACUCGAGAAGAGUACAUUUCACGCGAAUACGGGUGUUGUCAAUCGUAAUUUCAUCACCGAGCUAUAUAUUGUGUGUGUGCUACAUAUUCCUUGGAGCGCUAAUUGAAUCGCGGCUUUUUGUGUGCGAUUUAGUUUUUUCGUGCUAUUACCAAGCGAUCAAAGUUGAGGCAACGGUGCCCGACUUCUUAUUUUUUGCGAGCUUUUUAAAGCUUUAAAAAUUACCUACGAACUAAACGGAGAAUUAUAUGUAAGUAUCCGUAGUUUUUAAGCAGAAAAACUUGUGUGUGGGUUAAUUAAAAUCCGUAAAAAAAAGAGAGAAAUCGAACCGACAGUUGUAUCUUAUGUUCAAUUGUCCACUUUGUGGCAAAACCAUCUCUGCCCAUCGAAUCGAUGCCAUUCUUUAGAAUAUACAAAUUAAUCAUCAACUCAAAUCUAAUCAAAUCAAAUCUAAUCAACUCAAAUCUAAUGAAACCCAUUUUUUUCCAACAUCUUUUUUUUCUGAAUCAACCAAUUAUCUAUUUCCAGCAUAAUUAUUUUCUCUCUAUUUUUUCGUAUUUGAAUGAGAACUCAGAAUUGAUUCCAUUCUAUCGAUAGUUUUGCCCCGAACUGAAUGAACUUGAACAAAAACGAUUUUUUUUUGUUUGCAAUCAAACACUUUGAAAUAUAUGUGAAAAUUAAGAACAUUUAGUUCUUCUGCUGAAUACAAGACAGUGUGUUUUUUUUUUCAAUUCAAAUAAAUCAAUAGACAAUCAUUUUUUGUGUCAGUGUUUUUCAAAAAUCAAUAAAAAAAACAAUAACCGAAACUUUGCUGCUGUUCAUCUUCCACGGAAGAGGGAAAAUGGCAAAUUCAAAAAAAAAAUAGACAGAAAAAGAGACGAACGUUUGCAUUAACAAAAGAAAACGGAGUAGAAAAAAAUAUUUUUUCCGAGAGCAGAUAUUUGGAAAACACUUGCAUGUGUAUCCUGAAAUGAGAAUUUGGAAAACGAUAACCACCAUCAACAGCAUUCAAUUUGAUUGUCUCUGUGUGAUUAGAACUUUGCCAGCGACCACAAAUAGUUUGACUUACAAAACAAAAGAAAUUGUUAGAAAUUGUAUAGAAAUGAUUUUCAUAACGUCCCGUUCAAAAUGUUUGCCACCAACGGAGCCAUCCCAACCUCAUGGGCUAUUAGUCAACUUUUCGCUAACAAAUACGAGCAACUAUCGCUAUCAAAACGAAGAACAAACGUUUAUUCAAACGCCAGCAACGAAUAUUGGAUUGUAUCAAACACAAAAUUGGAUAAGAACCGAUCGCCUUCUUUCGGAAGCAAAUUCAGUGAGUUUACCGCCGCCAACAACAACAACAACACCAGCAUCAUACACAAUGACGAAAACGAUGGACUCGUUUUUGGAUGCACACAACAAUACUGCGAUCCAAAACAGUAUGAUUGGGUUUGAUGAGUUAAUGACACCAAUAAUCGACCCAGAACUUGGUAUGAAGGACCACAUAAGUACAUGGAUUGACUCUUCACAUGAUCACUUAAACAUAAGUAAAGACGAUGAUUUCGCGUUCGAUGAGUCGGCAAUUGCAUUGCCGACCAUUUUUAAUUCACCACCAAAUUCAGUUCAAUCAUUUUCAUCGAACGACGACGCCGAUUGUUCAGCCAACAUUUUCCUAAAUAAUUCCGACGAUAUGAUCGAAACAGAGAAAUCAUUUGAUUUUGUCGAUGAACGAUUACAACAACCAAUGAAAAAUUCUCAAGACUAUUUAUAUGCGGGCCCAAUGGCUUUCCAUCGUGAAAUUGAAACGCUUGCCUACGAACAAAACUAUAACUCAACGAGUAAUGGUUACUUUGAUGAUAACGAAGACGAUAUGAUUAUGGAGGAAGUAACGCCAAUUGUGGGAAACGAUUUGAUGUUCAGCGAACGUCAAAUACCCCAAAUGGCAAUCAAAGAUGAAAUUAGGAACAAUGAUACGUAUGAUAUAAACAUGAAUGAGAAACCAGUGCACAAAGCGCGAGCAAAUUUAUUGGCCAGAAGAACAUUGAAUCAACCACAAAUACACCUUAAAAUUAAGAUGGGUACAGUCUUACCGAAUGGCAACAAUAACUAUAUCAUUGAGGAACCAGUCCCAAUUAACAACACUACAACACCGGCGGUCAUCUCCACGCCGCAACUUAUUAACGAAAUCUUGGAGAAGGAAUGCGAGGGAAAAUUUGACUUAAUUAAUUUCAUCGAUGCAGACAAUGAAAUUCCACAAACCGUCGAGAUGGUUGAGAUAAAUACUUCCAAAGAAAAUGUCGAGGAACAAGUUUCAAUAGCAAAAAUUGAACAGAUUUUGCCGACUCCAGUUGCAUCACCACAGAAUAAACACCACACCGAAUGCAACGAUGAAGUGGAUGACGAAAUUGAAACCAAACCGACACCAAUACCAGUUCGAGCCGUACGUGCAACAAAACGACGUGCAGCCACACGUACCCUCGAUUUUUCGGAAGUUCAACCAAAACGUUCACGUGGACGACCACCAAAAACCGAGCCAACCAUUCUGUCACCAUCAGAAAUCAAGCGACUUAGCUCAGCCGAUCUCAAGUACUACCAGAUGCGCAUCAAGAACAAUGAAGCAUCACGUCGCUCGCGUCUUAAUCGUAAAGGCAAAGAAGAGGCCCUCUUCGAUGAACACCAAGAACUCGAAGAACGAAAUACACAAUUGACCAUCCAGGACCUUGAAAUAGACAGACAGAUUCAAAAAUGGACGAAGCGUGUCAUGAAAUUGGCUGUAGUUUAAGUUCACCAUCGCAUCGAUGUAUUCAUUAAGCCUACCGUAUUCCGAGAUCAUAAGAAUAUUUAAGAACUUCCAUUUAAGUGACAAAACAAAACAAAAAUAUAAUCAAUAAAAUGAAUUAAUAAUUAUUUCUCUAAAUUAUAUUUCACAAUAUUUUGAUAAAAUUGGCUAAGAAUAAACAUUUUCAUUGAUCCUUCCGUUUUUUUUUCUAUUAAUCCAUAAAAGAUAUUCAUAAAAUAUUAAAACGAACAAAUGAAAAAAAAACUUUGAUUGUUAAAGUAGAUUUUUAGUUAUUAAUUGGCAAUUUAACCCAUAACAUUUAAGUUUUCACAAUACACACAAAAAAUAAGUUCAAUAAAGUAGAUUGUAAAAACACCAAAAAAACAAAA